AAGUAUGAUAUGAAUGAAUUGAAUUGAUGCUAUUUCAUAUUGUAAAACAAUUCCCAAGGGGUUAUGAAAGGGUCAAAAGAAUAAGAAAAGGUAGAAGAGAAAAAGAGGCUGUAUCUGGAUGCCAUAAACGGAAAAUAAAAAAGGAAAAAAAUGUACGGCAACGUUGACAUACCAUUAGAGUAAAAAAAAAUUAAUCAAGAUGGCGCCCAGUGGCUUGGUUUAGCCAGUGACAACUGUUUCGGAAUUUAGUUAUUUUUGCGAAUCAUGAAGUUUUUAUCAAACUGAACUUAUAACAAAACAACAGUUAAUUGUUCCACUAGUGUUGUAUAAACUUGCCACAGUGUCUUACUUGCAAUGUAGCUUGUAUCAUGUGCUUGGUGUUUAAAUCGAAACGAUGCGAUUGUUGGUGCAGCUCUUGGCGGUUUUCCUUGUAACCGUCCAACAAGGUGCCUCUGCUCAUCCUUGGCUUUUAUUCGCCAAUCGCAAAGAUAUUCGUUUGGUGGACGCCACUCAGACAAGGAAUCGAAACAACAAUGUCACCAUCAUCAUUAAGGAUCUCGAGGAUGCUGCUGCCCUUGAUUAUCAUUAUGAGAAGGGGAUGGUCUGCUGGACAGACAUUAGCCUUGAGAUGAUUCGAUGUGCCUACCAUCAGGGAGCCAAUUUACUUAAUAAAACAAAUGUUAUCACUACAGGUUUGGUGUCCCCAGAUGGGCUGGCGAUAGAUUGGUUGGGGAACAAGUUGUAUUGGACAGAUAGUGAAACCAAUCGCCUUGAAGUUUCAACACUGAAUGGAGAAAACAGAAAAGUUCUUUUUUGGGAGGACUUGGAUCAGCCAAGAGCCAUCUGCUUGUUUCCGAAGAAAGGCUUGCUGUUCUGGACCGAUUGGGGAGAGAAUCCCAAAAUUGAAUCUGCUGGCAUGAAUGGUGAUCUUACAACAAGACAUGUCAUUAUCAAGGAUGAAAUAUUUUGGCCCAAUGGACUGACUAUUGAUUAUGAAGAAGAGGCCAUAUUUUGGGCCGACGCCAAGUUGAAUAUCAUCUGUUCAGCCAGUCUAACUGGUGCGAAUAGGAGGACAGUAAGUCAGGGAGAUUUACAACAUCCAUUUGCUUUGACCAUGUACAAAAAUGUGCUGUACUGGACCGAUUGGCAGACCAAAUCCAUUCAUUCAUGCAAUAAGAAAACGGGAGCUGGUAGGAAAGCUGUUCUUGGCUCUUCUCUUACUCCUAUGGACAUUCACGUGUACGACCAAGAGAGGCAACCCUACAGCGCCUUACCGUGUCAGAAUCAGAAUGCCAAGUGUUCUCAUCUUUGUCUCUCAGCUCCUUAUCCUCCAUGGUUCACCUGUGCAUGCCCCACAGGGUCAAAAUUAGUCGACAAUUUUACGUGCGCUGAUGGUGCUCAACAGUUGUUGCUGUUGGCAAGGCGUACUGAUCUGAGGCGCAUCUCACUCGACACUCCUGAUUACACAGACGUCGUUCUACCUUUGGAUGGCGUCAAGCACGCCAUCGCAGUCGACUACGAUCCCGUAGAUGGAUUUGUCUACUGGUCAGAUGACGAAGUUCGAGGCAUCCGUCGUGCAAAACUUGAUGGCAGUCAACAGGAGGAUGUUGUUAUGGCUGAAGUUGACCACCCGGACGGAAUUGCUGUUGACUGGAUCGGCCGUAACCUUUAUUGGACAGAUACUGGGACGGAUAGAAUUGAAGUUGCUCGACUCAAUGGCACCUGGCGUAAGGUGCUCAUAUCAGAAAAUUUGGAUGAACCCCGUGCCCUGGCCUUAGAUCCUGAAGUUGGCUGGAUGUUUUGGACUGAUUGGGGUAAAGAGCCGAAAAUUGAACGAGCUUCCAUGGAUGGCUCGGAUCGCGUAGUCCUUGUAAAUACUUCCUUGGGCUGGCCCAACGGUAUCGCUCUCGAUUACGUUCAGCGUCGCCUCUACUGGUGUGAUGCAAAAACGGACAAAAUUGAAGUGGCUGACAUGGACGGCUCCAAACGCAAAGAAAUACUCAGCGAAAAUGUGCCCCACAUUUUCGGUUUCUCCUUGCUCGGCGAUUUUCUCUACUGGACAGACUGGCAACAUCGUAGUAUUGAGAGAGUGCAUAAGUGGACGGGCGAGGAUCGCAAAAUCAUUGUAGAUCAGCUCCCAGAUCUAAUGGGACUCAAAGCAAUCAACAUCACAGAGGUUCGAGGGACAAAUGCUUGUGCUGUUGGAAAUGGUGGAUGUUCCCACUUGUGCCUGAACCGACCAGGCAAAUAUGUUUGUGCCUGUCCCAUCGGUUACGAACUGACGGCUGAUGAGAUUAACUGUGUGAUUCCGGAAGCUUUCUUGCUCUUCACUCGUAAAGAAGACAUUCGCCGCAUCAGUUUAGAAGCGAACCACAAAAACGUCAUCAUUCCGAUUGCUGGUGUCAAGGAAGCUAGUGCCUUAGAUUUCGACGUCAACGACAAUCGCAUUUACUGGACAGAUAUUGGAGUCAAGUCCAUUUCGCGAGCCUUUAUGAACGGAUCAAAUCUGGAAGUAGUGGUUGAAUUUGGUUUGGAGUAUCCAGAAGGCAUGGCUGUCGACUGGGUGGCCCACAAUAUCUAUUGGGCAGACAUGGGAAGCCAUCGUGUGGAAGUGGCCCGACUUGACGGAUCUUCACGGCGUGUUUUGAUUUGGAAAGAUUUGAAAAAUCCACGCAGCAUCGCCCUGGACCCAGGAGAAGGAUACAUGUACCUCGGUGUCUGGGGUUCUGUCCCACACAUUGAACGCGCUGGACUAGAUGGGAGCCAACGCAUCACUUUGGUCAAUGGUGUAGGUCGCGUCAACGGGCUGGUGGUAGACUUUGCCGACAGACGCCUCUACUGGGCCGAUGUUGACGGCAAGCACAUUGAGAGCUGUGACCUAGACGGCAAACAACGACAAGUUGUGGUCUCGGGUAAUAUGCCUCAGCCGCACGGCCUGACGCAGUAUGAGGAGUUUAUUUACUGGGCUGACUGGACAACACGCUCGAUCGAGAGAGCCCACAAGCAAUCGGGUGAAAAUAGAACACGUAUCCAAACUCAGGUAGAUUACGUUAUGGAUAUUCUCGUCUUCCAUUCGUCGCGACAGUCCGGCUGGAACCCCUGUGCUGUCAAUAACGGAGGGUGUUCUCACCUGUGCCUUGCUCUACCAGCUGGAUCUACAAGUAGUUCCUCACCUCGUACUCAGCCAUCAGUUUCUUCUACAACUACCGCUGCAUCUUCUUCAUCAGCAUCGACGUCGUCUGCUGCUGCAGCGACAAAUCUACCAGCAACUACAGUAGUCGUCCGUCAAUCGCAUACUCAUCGAUGUACCUGUCCCACCCAUUACGAGCUUGUGGCAGACAACAAAACAUGUGUCGCCCCGAAAUCAUUUCUUCUCUUCAGCCAAAAGAAUUACAUCAACCGACUUCUUCCGAGUUCCCCUGAUAGCCCGGAUGUGAUUCUGCCUAUUCGAGGCUUGAAACAAGUUCGUGGUAUUGAGUUUGACCCGGUUGGACAGCACUUAUACUGGAUAGACGGACGUUCACAAACCAUUCGUCGCGCGCUAGAUAAUGGGACCCAAGCUUCAGUUGUUGUGGCCAAUCCAACACAGUCACUACAUCCAUACGAUUUGGCAGUGGAACCUUAUUCACGAGUACUCUUUUGGAGUUGCUCAAGGUUCAAUGCCAUCAACGCUACCAGAAUCGAUAAUCACCUUUCUGUUGGUAUCCUGGUUGGAGGUCCGUCCACCAGCGACAAACCAAGGAACUUGGCCGUUCACCCUGUCAAAGGAUGGCUGUUCUUCACCAACUUAGUCUCGCCGGCCCGAAUCGAACGGUGCCGUUUAGACGGUAGUGACCGCGUCAAGAUAAUAGAAACAGAUAUUGACCAACCUUCAGCGCUGACUAUCGACACAGAAGAGGAGAUGAUCUUUUGGGCUGACACCAGUUUGAAGGUCAUCGAAGUUGCAGCUCUAGACGGAACCAAUCGCAGGAAGUUGAUCUCUUCUCAAUUAGUUCAGCCUAUUGCAUUAACUGUUCACGGACGGCACCUUUAUUGGUUAGAAAAGGAUUCACAACUCAUCGAACGAGCACUCAAGAUUAACGGUGAAGACAGACAAAGAGUCCAGGGUCGGAUUCCAUAUUUGUCGGAUUUACUUUCAACGUCUACACUGGAUCCAAAUACUCUAGCAUCCAAUCCGUGUUAUCCACCCAACUCAGGCUGUGGUCAUCUUUGCGUCUUGAUGGAUUCCGGCGAACGUGGCAGAUGUGCUUGUCCAUUAAACAUGAUACUCGAAGAUGGCAAAACGUGUGUAGAACCACCUGCUUGUUCUCCAGAACAUUUUACCUGUCGUUCCGGAAUUUACGAAACGGGACCGUCUGGAAGCGGGGCCACUCGCUGCAUUCCCCUGUCGUGGCGUUGUGAUGGCCAGACGGAAUGUUCAGAUGCUUCGGAUGAAGAAGAUUGCCCAGAAUGUCGGCCAGAUCAGUUCCGGUGCCAGACCGGCCAGUGCAUCGCUAAGAAACAUGAAUGUGAUGGCGUCCCUCAAUGCAUGGAUCGAUCAGAUGAACAAAGGUGUUGUCCCCUUGGGCAAUUUUACUGUUCAGAACUUUGUCUUCCCGAUAUUCUUCUUUGCGAUGGUGUGCCUCAUUGCCCGGAUGAAUCCGACGAAUCAGUUACUUCCUGCGCAAACCGUGUGGCUAAUCCAUUAGCCGGCGAUUCGUCCAUUAGGACUACUUACAUCAUCGGCAUUGUGGUUGGAUUGGGAUCGGUUGCGCUUCUUUGUGUUCUCUUUUUCUGUUGGCAUAGAAGACACAGCCACGCUGACCCUGACGAAGGAGCCCACGAUCCUCUCAAUCCAGUUGCGCCCCGACACACUAUUGUACCCGGCCACACUCAGCUGCAAACAGACUAUCAACUUCAAUAUGUCAGUAAUAUUGUUGGUGAGAGGACGGCAGGUGUAGGAGCAUCCUCUCACCUCGGCAGCAGCGCGGUGGACCUCUUGAGCGGCCGUGGAGUGAAAAAUGGGGGAGCCAUUAUUGUGGAUGGAGGUGGCGUCGUGGUUGGUUCAAGUUCCAGCUGCCAAUUGUACGACCGCAGUCAUGUUACUGGUGCAUCGAGUUCGAGUUCGAGCGGUCCUGGAUAUCCUCAGGAGACUCUAAAUCCACCGCCCAGCCCGGCAACAGAUACACGAUCUCACUGCACGGAACCAUACUGCUGUACAGCUGUGAGUGGUCAAUCUCACAAGUCGCACACAUUGAGCCGUCAGACUGCUCGUGGGCACCAUCUGGGACAUCAACCCAGGCUAAGUGGUACUUCGAGCCAAGUUUAUUCUACUUUACGAUCUUAUAAGCAUUACAAAGUCCGCAACCAACCUCCACCACCCACACCCUGCAGUACCGACAACUUCGAAGAAUCGGAUUCGCAAGUGGCUUAUCACAGUUCACCUUCGCCUUCGUCUAUACCUAAGAUGGGCCCAGGAUUCAAAAAUGCUGGUAGAAGGCAACAGUCUUCACAUCGACACCAACGAUUGGGAGCGGACUACGACAGUGAUCCUUACCCUCCACCACCUACUCCAGCAAGAUCACAUUACGUGUCAGAUGCAUCAUGUCCGCCAUCCCCUUCGACAGAACGAUCAUAUUUUAAUCCUUUACCCCCUCCACCUUCUCCAUCACCUCAGUAGAUUUAGAUGUUCUACAAUUAUUUUAUUAGAUUUUUGUCCCCAUAAAUGAACGCGGAAUCGGAAUUAUUUGAACGAAAAUGUACAGCUAUUUUAAUCCUGUAAAUAAUUUCUAACAAGAAGACAAUCAUGUGCUCCUUGACUUUCUUUUUCUCGGUCCUCUCCUUCCACCUGGGUAGCCGUAACCCGUCGUGUUAUCUAUGAAUAUAUCUAUUACUACCAUGCUCCCUUUUGAUUGAGUGCAAGAUGAUGAGAAAAUUUGGGUACGGUUGACAUCUCAUUUCGUUACUUCGGUUUUUUUUUUUUUUUCUCGGCAACUAAUUUCUUUUCCAAGUUUCGUGAAAAUACGGCAGGAGACUGCCUCAUUGUGCCAACCACUCCGUUGUAUUGCCUUAAAUAAUACACUGUGGUAUCUCUU